AUGAGACUUAAUAAUAAUGAUGUUUUGGAAUAUUUAUUUUGGAAAAAAGCUGUAUUUUUGGAGGUUAAGUAUUUUGGGGAGAGAUUUACUGAUGAGAUAAAAAGCGGUGUGCGCAGGAUUGGAAUUUCUAAAAUUGGUGUGAAUGUGAUAGAAUAUUUGUUACAUAUCGUUUUAAUGAAUUCUUUUAAAAAAAAAGUAAUAAAUCAAAAGGUUGUUAUUGAGGAUGAUUGUUUUCAAAACAAAUUAGAUUAUAAAUUUAAACAUAUAUAUCUAACAAAGAAUUUUUGA